UCUGUUAUACAGAUAGCUAGAAUCUCAGCUGCCAUAAAGCAGGGCAGAACUGCUAGUUACAAUGGGGAUCAGAUCUGUGCCACUGUACUCUGUUAUAAAGAUGAGAGAGCCACUUUCUUUACUAGAGUUGCCACCUUUUCUGGAAAAAAUACCAUCCUUCCUAUAUAUUAUUUAUCUUUUUUCCCUAUUAAUAACAUUGGGAUCAACCAUCAUUUUUACCGGUCAGGCCGGUAAAAUACGGGCCAGGUGGCAACCCUAUUCUUUACUCAUCAGUUAAUAUUGUUUCCAGGCACAAAUGUAGUUUUUGCCUUGGAGACAGGGCUGAUACUUUUGUGGAUUGGUUAGCUGGGAGUUGUAGGUUGCAACUAGAGAAAUGCUGUCUCAUUGACAUCACCACUCUAUACAAGCCGUAUAAAAGUACAAAGCAAUUGGAAAUAUUUUAUCAUUCAGCUUAACAAUGGGUUAAUGGGGAAGAGUGACCGGCGUGGGUAGGGAACGUGCUACAGAUGGCUAACAGGCAAAAUCUUGGUGGCCAGCGUGUCUUGGCGUGUGUCUAACAUGUGCUUCUGUAUUCCUGUGACAUUCCAUGUCUUGUGCCUGGGCUUGUCUUCUCCUUACUCCAAUGCACUGGGGCCCUGCUGUGUGUGUGUGUGUGACGACACUGGGCGUGAUUUCCGCACUCUUCACUCUGUUUAAUCAUCCACUGGGUAACACAAUGGAAUGUGCGUGAGCCAAAGGGAACAGGGAGCUACACCUUCAGCAGACUCAGCAAUAUCAGGUUUUAAGAUGUCUUCUCGCGUCGAUAUCCUAAAGAAGGAGCUUGAGGAAGAGCUGAAACUGAGCAGUGAAGACCUGAGGAGUCAUGCCUGGUACCAUGGGCCUCUCCCAAGGCAGGAAGCAGAGCGGCUGCUGGUGUCAAACGGCGACUUUCUGAUCCGUGAUUCCAUCUCUUCCCCGGGGGACUAUGUAUUGAGCUGUUCCUGUGCCGGGCAGCCAUUACAUUUUAAGAUCAUCGCAGUUGCCCUGCGCCCCCGGCGUGGAAUCGCGCGGACUCUCUACCAGUUGGAGCAAGAUCAGUUUGAUAACAUUCCAGCUCUGGUUCGCUCCUAUGUGGGAGAUAGAAGGAAGGUGUCGGAGUCUACAGGUGCAGUUGUUAUACGUCCUGUGAACAGAUCCCUGCCCCUUAGUGCCCUGCACGAGAAACAUAAUGGCCACAGCAGGGGAGACCGAGAUCACAGGAGAAGCCUCAACGUGUCCGAGAGCAGCCUCCUUAGAACCAAGGACAGGUUUGGGAGUCAGCCAGGAAACUUGGACACACUAAAGGAGAAACCUCUGCAGAGUGCUCAGUCUGACAGUAAUCUGCUCUCGGCAGUCACAGCUGAAGCAUUGACUCUUCCACAGAUCCAAAUACCUGCGCCCCUCUCCCCCCUUUUCCGCACUGGUAGUGAUCCAGUCCUCAGGGCCAAAACUUUUGUGGCCGCUAGUCUUGACCUAGAUGGCAACAGUGCCCUUCGAGGCUCAGACAGUCAGCUGCACUCUAAGGCUCCUCCAAAACCCAUACGUGCCCCAUCCUUGCUGCUACCAGAGCCGCCUGAUGAAGCCGACACAUACUCAGAGCUCAUCCCUCGUGUCCCUGUAAUCUCCAAGAGGCCUGUCGACCACGGUAUAGUGGAAGAACGAUGGAAAAACCGUGUUCGGGCCACAGAGACCACUUUUGGCUUUCUGGAAUCUGAGGAAUCCCAAGGUGGGGUUGAUUCUGGGAUUGGCCUUUUGGAUAAUGCCAGUACUGUGACAGUGGUUCAUACGGAAGUGGCUGGCGAAGAGGAGGAUCCAUUUGUCAGACCACAGAUACAGACUAUUUCUUCCUAUCAGCCCAGUGCCUUCAAGUCUCUCCUGCUUUCACCCGAAAACAAACCACUAGAUCCGACUGCCCUGCGAAAGCUGAAAGAAAUCGUCAGCCAAAAGGACUGCAAAGAGAGUGCCUUACAUAUCCUGCGAGAGGACUGCAAAGAGAUUCGAAUUUGGGAUGUAACCCCUGAGCAGCAGAGGAUGAUGGGAGUUCAGUCAGGGCUGGAGCUACUAACAUUACCGUAUGGGCAGCAGCUGAGACGAGAUCUUCUAGAAAGGCACCACCUCCUAUGCCUCGGGGUAGCAGUGGAUAUCUUGGGUUGUACAGGAGCUGUCUCAGAAAGAGCGCACACCCUCCAUCGUAUUAUUCAGCUGGCGGUGGAGCUGAGAGACCAUGUGGGAGAUCUCUUUGCCUUCUCUGCUGUUAUGAAAGCCCUGACACUGCCCCAGAUUGCACGCCUGGAGCAGACAUGGCAGACACUACAGCAAAUUCAUACCGAAAGUGCCAUAACCUUCCAAAAACAGCUGAAGCCGGCCCUCAAGAAUCUGGAUGAGUGUAUUUCACUGCCCCCAGCUAGUGAUAUUGUGGUGCCUCACAUUGUGCCAGUGCUUCGGGCCAUGGAAGGAGAAGAUGAUGGAGGGGGACCCAUGGAAGAAACAUGUUUAAGGCUACUCAGAGUAUUACAAGCAGCAAGAUGUUACGCAGUGAAUGCAGAGUUGCACAUGAAAAAUGCAGAAAACAAGUUACAGGGGCAUACCCCUCUUCCAGAGCUACGGGAAGCUUUUCAGACCGAAUUCUCAAUGAGGUUAUUUUGGGGGAGUAAAGGUGCCAGCGUGGAGCAAAAAGAAAGGUACAGGAAGUUCGACCAGAUUCUCAGUGUUUUAUCCCAAAGGCUGGAACCAGAGAGGGACAGGAGCAAGCUGGUGAGCAGCAUGUAUGGAGCUGUGUUUUAGGGUGUCCCAAGACACCCUGAUACAAUGCCUGUGCGUUAUCAUUACGACAAGGAGGAAGUUGAAACUCUACAGCUGUUCCCUUUAAUUCUGGGGACCAAUGUCAAUCACCAGUGUUUAUUUGGAAGGCAAGUGAAAAAACGGAUUCACUAUAAACAUCCAAGUUGGCUUGUGGCAAGGAGGCGUUUGGAACUCGUGAGCCAAAUGUUAUCAUGACAGGCAACGCAAGGCUGGAAAAGCUGCUGAUAGGCAUGAACGCCACCCAGGGGUCAGUAGAUUUUAUGUUAACAAGAAAGAGGAGCUGACAGUUACCCAUCCACCUGCCGGCCCCUCUAUCCCACCCAGGCCUUAUUGCUCGCCGAAAAGAGUAUUUGGCACAGUCUGCUUGUAAUGCAGUUAAUUACAAACUGGAGAGCCAGCCAAAUGCUCUGAUAAAUAGAUUGCCGGAUGGCUGGAGCAGUCAUAAACAUAUGCAGGGCUCCAUUUUAUAGUGGGGAAAAUGCGCUCCAUUCUAUUCGACAAAGACAAUGACAGCUGAUGUCACACAUUCCAGCACUUUGUAUUACACUGUACAGCAACCAAUGGCGAUAGCUCAUUACACACUGUGCCUUUUAUGCUUUCAAGCUGUGAGAAAUAUAUGACACUGUUGCUUUAAACACUGCCACACUACAGGGCUCAUUUACCAAGCAAGUAUUAAGUGCAAAAAUUGGAUGCAAAAAGUGGGGAUUGCGGCACCUACGUUGGCAAAUGAGUGUGGUAUGAAUAGCAGCAUUAGAAUCUGAUUCGUUUAAGGCGUCUGUUUGGUUUGCUCUUUAGCGUCCAUGGUGCAUUGGCACUUGCAGCUAGUUUCUAGGAACACACAUGUACAGGUGAUUGGCACUUGCAACUAGUUUCUAGGAGCAUGCAUGGUACAGGUGUAUUGGCACUUGCAGCUAGUUUCUAGGAGCAUGCAUGGUACAGGUGCAUUGGCACUUGCAGCUAGUUUCUAGGAGCAUGCAUGGUACAGGUGCAUUGACACUUGCAGCUAGUUUCUAGGAGCAUGCAUGGUACAGGUGCAUUGACACUUGCAGCUAGUUUCUAGGAGCAUGCAUGGUACAGGUGCAUUGACACUUGCAGCUAGUUUCUAGGAGCAUGCAUGGUACAGGUGCAUUGACACUUGCAGCUAGUUUCUAGGAGCAUGCAUGGUACAGGUGCAUUGGCACUUGCAGCUAGUUUCUAGGAGCAUGCAUGGUACAGGUGCAUUGACACUUGCAGCUAGUUUCUAGGAGCAUGCAUGGUACAGGUGCAUUGACACUUGCAGCUAGUUUCUAGGAGCAUGCAUGGUACAGGUGCAUUGACACUUGCAGCUAGUUUCUAGGAGCAUCCAUGGUACAGGUGCAUUGGCACUUGCAGCUAGUUUCUAGGAGCAUGCAUGGUACAGGUGUAUUGGCACUUGCAGCUAGUUUCUAGGAGCAUGCAUGGUACAGGUGCAUUGGCACUUGCAGCUAGUUUCUAGGAGCAUGCAUGGUACAGGUGCAUUGACACUUGCAGCUAGUUUCUAGGAGCAUGCAUGGUACAGGUGCAUUGACACUUGUAGCUAGUUUCUAGGAGCAUGCAUGGUACAGGUGCAUUGACACUUGCAGCUAGUUUCUAGGGGCAUGCAUGGUAGAGGUGCAUUGGCACUUGCAGCUAGUUUCUAGGAGCAUGCAUGGUACAGGUGCAUUGAUACUUGCAACUAGUUUCUAGGAGCAUGCAUUAUACAGGUGCAUUGAUACUUGCAGCUAGUUUCAAGGAGCAUGCAUGCAUACUUUGCACUUUUACUCGGAAAUGAGCCCUUAAUGUGUUACACUGGUUAGGGUUAUGUUUAAUUAGCAGGGGAUUCCUAUAAAUACUUUUUCAAAAAUGACUCUCUUAUUUUUAUUCCUUAUUGUUGUGCCUUAACGGUUCCAAUCAAAUGACUCAUGUAGUCUAACCCUCAUACACAGCCCGAGUCAGUGACUGGAACUGAUUUUCCAGUAAUGGUCAGGAAUAACAGCAUAAGGCAAUUCAGUUGCACUGGGGUAGAUAUUAUUAGGCUGAGGGAGAAACAGCAAUAAAACAUUAUCAAAAAUAUACAGUACGGCAAGACUAUAGAAAUAUGAGCUGCACCCUGUCACUGUUGCUAAGUGGAAGCAGUAAAUAAGGAGUUGAGGGGGAGGCAUUCAGAUAAUGUGAUCUAUAUGAAAUAGAUUUAUACAUAAUUUUAUUAAAGAUUAUUUUUACAA